AAGUGGGUACACAGAACUAAAUCUAGAUGGCAAAGUGUUAGCCACAUACAUGUGUGAUUGUUAAACUUGUGUUAGUUAUUAGUUUGAAGUAGGGGUACCUAAUUGUGAUUGUGAAACACAGUCUUCUUCAAAAUCAGUUAAAUGAAAAUCGAUCCCUGACUUAAUGUGACGACUAUAACCCCGGUUGUGGAGUGAGAUAGAUCUGCGAGAUGAAAUGGUGCCAAACAAAAUGUCCAACGAUCCCUAUUGUUAGAAAGUGCUGCUUCUUUGUGCCUAUAAGGAAAGGAGUUAUUAUAUUCGGAUAUGUCAACUUGGUGCUCACCCUCCUCGUCUUCCCGGUCUUCGUGUUCAUGCUGGUCGAGGAAGCGACUAAUGAUGAUGAAGGCCAAGAAAUUCCUCCGCGCAUGGACCCCAUAGUGCAUAUACCGCUGACACUGGCGUUUCUACUGACUGACGUCAUCAUGUACAUCGUUCUACUUGUUGGAGCUCAUAAGAGAAAGCAGAGCCUGCUGAAGAGCUACCUGUACUUCGGCCUCGUGUUUCAAGUUCUGACCUUCUGCGUGGACAUGGCGUUUCUCGAAAUGCAAGAGUAUCUCGAGAACGCCGUCUACUUCUUCUUUUUAGGUUUGAACCUGUACCUGCUUUUCCUGGUUUACAACACAGUACGGGUCAUCGAAGAAAGCGCAGUGCAAUACGUAGCUCAUCAGGACCUGAGGCAUCUUAUUAUGUGACGUCACUGUCCAUGGAUCUAAAAAAUGUGACGCUCUUAAGUAACAUUGUUCCUAUAAGGAUAAAAUUUAUACGGAGGUUUAUACUGAUUACCUAUUAGAGCGUCUUCGUGCAUCAUCGACAAUGAGUUCCUGUUUUAGGGUUCCGUAGUCAACUAGGAACCCUUAUAGUUUCGCCAUGUCUGUCUGUCCGUCCGUCCGCGGAUAAUCUCAGUGACCGUUAGCACUAGAAAGC